UCGUAUUUUCGACAAGUUAUUGUUUACUUAUUUAUUGAUUUAUUUGUUUGUUAUGUGUUGUUUUGAUAUUUAAUUUUAUUUUUUUGUUUCGGUAAAUGAUUUGCAUCCUCAAGUGUAAAAAAUUGCCGCUAGUCAUUCAUGCCAUUUUCAAUCUCCAUCUAUUCUAUUAAAUAAAUGGCACGAUUAUUUGAGUAAUAGAAAACAUAAUAUAAGUCAUAUGCAAUGUGAAUAACAUGAAAAUCAGUAGAACAAAUCGUGUGAUGCGGAGAAGUUGCCAUCGUUUGAAUUUAAUGCCCUACAAAACUGGAGCCUGCUGGCUCCUUGAUUUCUGCUUGAAUUCAAAAGAUUCGUUGUAAAAGAUGUUCAAGAGGAACUUAAAUCACAAAGAUAAUUCAUCCUCUAAAAAGAGAUUCAAGCAAAAUGAAAACUCACCAACUUCAACCACACGCGUUGAGAAUGAUCCUUGGGGGGACGAUUUUGAAGAGAAAGAUAUUGAAGAAAUGGACUUCAUUGCAUCGCAAGCAACACAGGAGGAAGUUUUUAUACUACCUCCACCUGUAGCCGGACCAAGUUCAUCUGUCAGAAGAUCUUUUAACAGUUCAUCUGUGAGUUUUUUUUCGGAAAGAAGAAACGAAAAUGUAGCUGCACCAUCUCAAAUGCUGGCGUCUUCAGAUUCCAAAAAAGAAAUUGUUGUAAGUACACAAGCAUUGAGGUUUGAUGAGUUUGAGAGAAAUGUCAAGAGCAAUUCUCAUAACUCUACAUUCAGAACCAGACCCGAGUCUACUAGUGGUAACGUUGUGUUGGUCUCAGAUGAUGAGCAGGUUGAAAAUUGGAAAGAGGAAAAGAAAAAAAUGUUGGAAGAUUUUUUGACUAAAGAAGGUGAAACAGAAUUUUUGAGGCAGCAACUCAAUCAAAUUCAAGCUCGUGCUGAAAAGGCAAAAAUAGAACAGGCAAGAGCGAGUGAAGAGCAGAUGGAAGUUUUGAGAUUAAAGAUAAAUGCUCUAACCAAGGAAAAAACUUCAUUAGAAUCUCAGUUAGAAAUUCAGAAUUUUCAAUUUAAUAAAGUAUCUGAGAAGUGUAAAAUGCUAGAGACUGGUUCUGUAAAAUUUGCUCAACCUCAAGUGAAUAUAAUUAAAGCUGCCAACAAAGAUAGGGCUAAUACUUCUAUUGGUUGGUCACCCAAAAAAGUUAAAACCAAAGAAAACGGCGUACAAGCAGACCAAUCAUCUUCAAUUGAACUUUUAAGAAGUAGUUUAAUUUUGUAUCCUCUAAAGACUAUACCUCAAUAUGCUUUUGAGCCAUGUGAGACAGAAAAAUCUGUGGUAGACAUAAAAAUUGAAGAAAAAGUGGGUUCUAAAAUUGAAGAAAAAAUAGGUAAAAAAAAAGUGGCCAUCUUUCAAGAUGAAGAAACUUUCCGAAUUUUUGAAAAUCCAGAAUUGUUUAAUCCAAAAACUACAGUCGUUUAUGGCAAGACUUUAUCUACAGAAUUUUUUAUGCCAGAUCUCGCGCAGCUUAUUAACAAAACAAGAGAGGAAAUCAAUUGUUCUCACGUUAUUCCCACAAUCAACAAAUUGGUCGCAACAAUGCGCGAAUUACUGCUGAAUUCGACUAUAGUAUUGAGAAACAUCUCACUAGUUUUAAAGAACGAUGACCUACGCGACAUGAAUGAACUUUAUUUGUCGGAGUUCUACGAGAUGCCGGUAUUGCAUACCAAGUCGUUUCACGAGGCGCAUCCUUGGUACGAUCUCGAGCGCGGAAUCGAGACAAGACGAGCUGUCGGUGUUCUAGCGCAUGUGGCCUUAGUCUCAGAUUACUUAGCCGAUUAUGUGGCUGGUAAUGUGAAGCUGAGAACUGAUCAAGAUCCAUUCUACAAAUUGUAUGCUAAGCAGAUGGUCAGUUAUGAUGCCUGGGAUAGAAAGGGUUUUGACUUUGAAUUCUUAGAUUUGGUUCUUGAAUUUGUUACAAUUAUUGGAAAAAUUAGGAGAUCACAUCAGUUUGCUGGUCUUAUUAAUGCUUUGAUGACUUUAAUUGUUAAUGUGCAGGCCACAGUUGGAUUUCCUCAAUUUGCAUUAAACAAAGUAUGCUCUAUUUUUAAAGCAAUUGUUUAUAGCAGACCUCUGCUUACUUGUUUUCCAACAAUAUCAAAAACUCUGAGAGAGUUUUCAGAACAUUCCGAGUUUGUUGAAAAAUUAUGUAUUUCUCCAGGAAAAUCUGGAAUCAGUAACUGGAAAGGUUCACUUAAUUUUACAACAGAUGCAUGUCCCAUAGAAAUUUUUAUUGCCCAAUUAGAGCACUUUAAAUUAGAUCCAAUCACGUUGGUGAAUAUUACAAGAGAUUUGGCUUCGUUCAGUUUGAUAUCUCUUUUGAAUGAUUCAAUCCCUUGGUUAGAAAAGACUAUGAACUCUUGUAAUUGUUGCCUCAACUUGCUCAAAUUUGUUGUGAUAAAUUUAUGUGAGUGUUCCAAAAUCAACGUAGUUGAAUUGAAAAACAAAUACACUGAGACCAAUAUCUCGUCGCAAAAACCGAAGCUGGAGACUGACAAGAAAAAUAAUAAAACGUCGUCAAAAGAAAAGCUGUACGAGGAUUGGAAGCGUUAUGAACAAAACAGCAAUGUAAAUUUUUGGGAUGCGCUCAAAACUUUGCAAUAUUCUGCCAUUGCAUUUGGAAUUCGAUUGUUAAGUUUUCUGGCUAAACGAGAUUUAGAUUUUAUGAUUAGACUAACGUACAUUGAAGAUGCGUUUCAUAUGUUUCUGGAUAAUCUUAACAUCAGAAGUGAUCUUGAAUUAAAAAAGAGUGAUGAAGUUGCAUUAGACAUUGUUAAAAAAACGUUUGUUUUGGAAAAAAAUAAAGAGGAAUCCAGAAUUCAAGGAUUAAACAUGAUUGGUCUUGAAUCUGAACGGUGGAUCGAUUUUACACCCUCAAAUGCAGAUUUAAUUAAAUUGUAUGAGGAGUAAUUAAGUUACGUAAAAAUAAAUUAAUCUGCUGAUCGUGAGACGUGUACUGUACACCCAGACUCUCACACCUGGAUAUUUCGUACUCCCUUUUUUCUUGCUGAAAA